GGAUGGGAGUCACCCGAACGUGAUUGCCCGAGGCCCCUCCUGCCGCGGCGGGGGAGCGCCAUAAAAGCCCUGUUGCGACCUGCUCUCCGCACCCGGUCCGCCGACACUCACCCCUCGGAGAGGCGCACCUGACUGCAGAGCGCUCGCCGCCCCGCCACGCCCGCCCGCUCGCCUGCCACCAUGCUGGGUAGCAAGCGACUGGGGCUCUCCGGACUGACCCUCGCCCUGUCCCUGCUUGUGUGCCUGGGCGCGCUGGCUGAGGCGUACCCCUCCAAGCCAGACAACCCUGGAGAGGACGCGCCGGCGGAGGACAUGGCCAGAUACUAUUCAGCGCUGCGGCACUACAUCAACCUCAUCACCAGGCAGAGGUAUGGAAAACGAUCUAGCCCCGAGACACUGAUUUCAGACCUCUUGAUGAGAGAAAGCACAGAAAAUGUUCCCAGAACUAGGCUGGAAGACCCUUCUAUGUGGUGAUGGGAAAUGAAACUCGCUCUCCAGUCUUUACCUAUUUUCAACUCGAAUUUCAUCCUGUAAAACUAGAGUCUGCCGAUCCUCUCAAUGCAUGCAGCCACUGUGUUCAACUCUGCAGAGUUUCCCUUUGUCAUCCUUGUAUAUAUGUGUGUUUAAAUAAAGUACCAAGCAUUCAAAAAUGUUAUGUUCCUCAAUGAAAAAGUCUGUGGAUGCAAUAGUGAGAAUUAUUUUAAGGUAUUCAUUACAUCACAAUCUCCCUCGAGUAGUAGGUUCAAAGUUUGCUUCACCAAUAUUAAAACAGUGACUAUGGAAAAUAUAAAGAUAUGAUGAUUUAUGAUGA